CAAACCAUGACAAGUUUUCAGAACCGAAUGUUAGAAAAAUGAAGUGGACGUCUGUAUAAUAGUGUGUUUAAUAUUUUUGAAUUUAACCUUAUUCGUGAUCAAUAACAGUUCGCAUUCGUUCUAGACAUCACUAUUUCAUUAUUCCACAAAAUGGUAAAUGUUAUCUGGUUAGGAGCUUUGCUCUUAUUGUAUACUUGUUUAACAUAUUCUCAAAAUCCUAGCAUAUUAUUGCAACCGGGUCCUUCAUCAAAUAUUUUAUCACUAAAUAUUAAUACGAAAAAAUGUAUUCACGCGGUUAGUGAUCACUUCCUAAGUUUUACAUUGGAACCAUCUACUAUAUUUUUGGCAUUACAAAAUAAUCUUGGGUCGACGGCCAUUAACAUGGCAAAAAGUUUAAACCCGGCGUAUGUAAGAAUAUCUGGUCCUGAAUGCAAUUACUUCAGAUUUCAAGAUGUGCAGGACACUUCGCAAUCAUCAUCAAUCCAUGUAAUAAAAAAAGGGAUAAAUAAUACUACGAUAACUGGAUGGCAUUGGUCACAGCUAAAUGAAUUUGUGACCAAAACUGGAUUAGACUUGAUUGUUGCAUUAAAUGUUAUGAACAGGCAACAUGGCUCUUGGGAUUUAAGCAAUACUUUAGAUCUUAUAUCUUAUUCAGAUAAACAUGGUUACAAUAUGGAAUUCCAAAUAGGAAAUGAUCUUCAAACAAUUGAAUCGCGUAUUGAUGGUUUGUCCUUGGGUAAGGAUGUAACAAGAUUACGAAAAGUACUUGAAGCAUUUCCCAGAUACAUGAAUUCAAAGAUUAUCAGUCCUGACAUUAAAUCUUGUGAUACACAAGAAGAAGCUAAAUAUUUAAAGAAUUUUAUCGUAGAAUCUGAUUCUUCACUUUCGGCAUUAACGUAUCAAGUGUCUUUAUCGAGUGAAGUAAAUGAGAACCCAACAGAAAUGUUCAACUUCAUACAAAAUCAACUGGAAUCUCGAGUGUGGCAAAAAGAUUCGAUAAACAAAUAUCUAGGGAGAAUAGCAGUAAAAAAACCAUUGUGGAUUAUUGAAUCAGGAAAUAAUAACAGACGAGGAGAUUUUACAGAUGGAUUGAUUUGGGCAAAAAGACUUUGUGCGGGUGCUCGAGUUGGAAUAAAUGUUAUUAUGAGAAAACCAUCUGCUUUAUCACUUACAGAACCUACUCCGGUUUAUUGGGUAUCAGUGCUUCAUAAAGCAUUGAUUGGAACAGAAGUUAUAGAUGCUAAAAUGUCAUUAGGAAACAAAACACGGCUAGAAACAAUAGUUCAUUGUACAAAAAUGUCACCGUACGAUCCAAACGAAGGAAUUAUAGCUCCUGAAUAUCGCUAUAACAGAGGAUCAAUUACAGUUUUUGGUGUAAAUAUGGGAUCAGAAGCUGUACAAUUAUCAUUAAAAAUUGGUCAAAAGCAAAGUCUACCAUUACAUCAAUACAUCAUGACUGCUAAUAAUAGACAACAUAGAAAAAGAGCGGUAAAACCUAUAACUACUAUGCUUAAUGGACAAAAAUUGAUUUUAUCACCCGAUGGUGAUCUGCCAAUCAUAUCACCAAAAGUACGAAGUUCUCAUAAAUUGAUUACCAUUCCCAGUCAAUCCGUAUUCUUUUUAGUUUUGCCAGAAAGUAAAUCAAAAGCUUGCAUGGCAAUUCAGAUCGAGGAAUCUAAAGAAUCUCAUAAAAAUGGUGGAAGGUUUUCAGUAGAUCAAGAGGAGUUUCUUGAACCUGAUUACGAAUCAUCAUCAAUAUUAGAUCAAGAAGAUGAAUCGACAUCAAAUGAAAAAAACGUAUAUGUGGCAUUUCGUCCCAAGUAUAUAAAAACGAAUUAUGACUCUAUAUCUCAAGCAAAUAGGAGAGAAGAAGAACUAAAAAGUUACAAUAACGAAAUAGUUCAAAAAAACAAUGAAAAUUCACGUUAUAGUGAAAACAUGCAACAAUCAGAGCCAGUUGUAAAAUAUAUUACAUUUUCCAAUAAUAAUUGGUUGUCGAAAUUUCCAAAAUCAUUAAACAAUCAUGAAUAUUCUGUGGAACUAUCAACUAUUUCUCCAACUGAAGAUACUACAGUAGAAAUGCUAAUAGAAAAAAGUACAAAGCCUUCUCAAAGUAGGAGAGGGAAGUAUCACGUACUAGCACAAGCAGUUGCUGGAAAAAGACACACAGAGAAAAAUAUUCGGUCUGAUUUGUAUUCCAAUUUAGAUUCUGCUAUAACCAAUUUCAAAUCAUCCCAAAAGUCAAAACUAAUAAAAAGAUCAGUUGAAAACAGCACCUUAAAUUCAAAAGAAGAUGAAAAUGUCGCGGAUGAAUUUACAAAUAAAGAGAAACCACUAUCAAACCCUUUUUCUGAAAAUGACGAAUCAUUUUCUGGUCUAUACUUAAAAUCAAAUGAAAAUAACUUCAAAAUUUCUGAACGAUCAAAAAAAGAAAUCAACUCGAUAGUUUCUGAAGUACAACAACCAGUAAUUACUUCACAAACAACACAACAAACAAUAAUCACAUCAACACCUAUAAUGCCUAUUGGGAUAAUCAAUCAAUAUUCAAAUAUUCAGAGUCAUGUUCAGAAAAUUAAAUCCAGAAAAGAACAAGCUUUAGCUAAAAUAAAUGGAAAAAAUUCUCAUAAUGAAAGAACGUCUCAUAAAAUGAAUGAUAGAAAAUCAAAAGAUAAACUUUCAGAAGAAGCAAUAAAUCCUUCUGAACAAAAACCAAUUACUGAAAAGUCAAUUACAGUAGAUAUAGAAGGCGUUAAUACUCAAAAAGAUUCAGUAAACCUUGGAAAAGUUACUAGUUUAGCUGAUAAGUUAAGAUAUAAUCGUCAAACAAAUAAUACAAUCUUAGAUAAUAACCAUAAAACCGUAAUACCUCGUAUAAAUAUAAAAUUGAGAAAGGUUUUAAAAAAUGUUGAUGUAGAAAAUACUAAUGAUUUAAAUACUCCUAUUGUUGAAACAACUCAUAAUGAACCUAGUAGUACUACAGAAAUGUCUUCGCAUAAUACUACUAAAGUAAGGAUUCUGACACAUGUACCAAAAACUUUAAAACUUGCAAAACCUAAAAUUAUUUUCAAUGAAGACGAAUUGAAAAGUAAAAAAUCAAUAGUAAGAGAGAGUCGUGAAACUACACAACACCCAGGAUCAAAAUUAAAAAUUAAACCAAUUUCACAUCCUUUGGGAAGAGUUAGAACACCAUCCAAUGUUGAUGUCAAUCAAAUUGUAACCAAUGAAAAAAUUGCGGAAAGACUAGUAGAAAACCUUAAAGAUGGCAAAAAAAUCUUACAAAAUGAACACACAAUUGUUAGCCCAAUUAAGAAUAAUGAAGAAACUAAACUAGAAACUAAAUCAAUUUCAACGACGGCGGCAAAAAUCAAAGCGUUUGAAGAAAAAAUGAAAUUUCGUAUUUCUGAAAGGGAACGAAAAUUACACGAGAAAAUUCACAAACACAAAAAACGAUCUUUGUUAAAUAACAAAGUGAAAGACGAUAUAAUGGAUGAAAAUGAUAUUUUGAAUUAUGAUCGAUUAAAAUCAAAUGAGUUCGACAUUGACGUUGAUUUUGUACCUGUAAUAAAACGUGAAAUUAAUAGAUAUCCAAGAGCGGUGGCUGAUUUUACGGUAAAACUAAACGAAGUGAAUACCUACGUAGACAAAAAUAAAAGAGCUAAAUAUUCAAAAAACAAUGGAUUCACAGAAGAUAAUGGUAGUGAUAUUUCUGAGGACUGGACUAAAACAAAUAAUAUCAGUCCAUUAGCGGAUGAUACUGAAUACGACAGUGUGAAUAUUAAAUCAAAACGAAAAUCUAUUUUUGAUGAAUUAGAUAAGGACGAUUAUAGUAAUAAUUCUAAAAAUAUGAUGAACAUGUUGUUUAGUCAUAUGCAAUCAUUUUGGAAAUGUUUUAAAAAGACAUUCCAAUUUUAAUGUCAUAGUAAAAACAUAAAUAUAUGACACAGGAACAAUCAUUAAUAAGUAGAACGUAAGUAAUUCAUUUGACUAGCAAUUAUACAUUUUAAUAUAUUUUAUAGUUAAUUUAUUGAACAUGUUUUAAUA